CUACUGUUUCCCAUGACGGUAGACCACCAGCUCAUCAUCCUGGUACAAUACAAUGCCGUCCACGCAAUCAUAACUAACAUGUCCAUAAUUUCCACACUGGGCUUGCUGCCUUCAGGUUGCCCACAGUCACUAGGCGUUCAGCCAGUGUCAGCUAUUAACCUGCCCGACUACGCGAGGGUACCUCGCGACUUGCAACCGACGAACCUUGAGCUACAGCAGCGCACCCAUUCUUCCCAGUCCUGGUCCAACGACACGAUCCCUGUCCCACAGCUACGAGACAACAUCAUUGGACUUGCGCACUGCAUAGACGUUUACGAUCUAGCGCACGAUCUCGGCAAGGGUGUGUAUGAUGGUUACGACGAUCCCGAACGACGAGGACUGGUGGUCUGGGGCGAUCGCCCGUGGAGCACGCAUGGCUGGGAGGUCAGUGACGGGUUCAUGCGGAAAUGGGGUUUCUUGCUCAAGGGAUGUACUGAGCUUGUAUUGUCGACUAAUCGGUGGAGAGAGUUUCGUGGAGAGGAUGGGCUGGCGGGCAAUGUGGCAUAG